CAUGGGCGCUUACAAUCCUACUACCAUUGAUCGAUCCUGCAUCACUACCAGUAGCAGCAGAAGGGGAAACGCGGUCACGUGUAUUAGGUCAUGUUCUGACGUCGUUCUGAACGUGCAGUCUGCAGGUCGGUUGGAGUUACUUACAAUCAGUUACCUAGUACCAUGACGCUCGUGUUAGCUGUGAAUGCUGGCUCGUCGUCGCUCAAGAUUUCACUUUUCCGCCGCUCUGCUAAUAAUGCUGCAAAUCCAGUUUUACUCCUAUCCUCAUCCAUAUCAUCCAUAUUUGCCCCUCCAGCCAAGUUCAAGUUUAGUCCUGUCGCACUUCAACACAGGUCUUUGAAUGAAGAAGUCGAUUCCAUCCGUGACCAUGCAUCGGCGUUUACGCAUUUCCUGGAUCGCCUCAGGGAAGAAGGGAGCGUCGACUCAACUGACAUUAAGCACAUUGCACAUCGUGUAGUGCAUGGUGGUGACUACACAAACCCCGUCAUAAUAUCCGAAGAAUCCUAUCACCACAUUGAAAGGCUGACCGACCUUGCUCCUUUGCACAAUGGAUCUGCUCUUUCCGUCAUUAAGUCAGCCAUUAGGGCCCUUCCGCACGCGGAAUCCAUCGCAUUUUUUGACAGUGCAUUCCAUAAGGAUCUUCCGACUCAUGUAGCUACCUAUGCGAUCAAUCAGCAAGUAGCGAAAGAGAGAGGAUUGAAGAAAUACGGUUUUCAUGGUUUGAGUUACGCGUUCAUCUUGCGGGCAGUAGCUGCGCAGAUCAGCAAGGCUCCCGAUACCCUAAACAUAAUUACUCUUCACAUUGGUUCAGGGGCAUCCAUGUGCGCCAUCCGCAAUGGCCAAUCCAUCGACACAACUAUGGGGUUGACCCCACUCAGCGGGCUACCUGGAGCCACGCGUGCUGGGGACAUAGACGCGAGCCUAAUUUUCCACUACACCAGUCGUUCUCCAGCCUGUAUGAGCCACGACCCUAGCCUAUCAAAGGAAACUAAAGUGACAGAAGCCGAGGACAUCCUCAACUUCAAGUCGGGCUGGAAGGCACUCACCGGUACAACCGACUUCAAGGCGAUCACGGAGAAGGCGGAUAUGAGUGCACUCUCUGAUCCUAUGUCUCGCACAGCAGACCCAAAUGCGCUGGCAUUCCGCAUCAUGUUAGACCGCAUCCUCCAUUUUGCCGGGGCCUACUUUCUGGCUCUCCGUGGAGAUGUGGAUGCGCUGGUUUUUGCAGGGGGUGUGGGAGAACGAAGCGUUGAAUUGAGACGAGCUGUCGGGGAAGCUGUCGCGUGCCUCGGGUUUGCGGCAAUUGACGAGACGAAGAAUACCCAAGUCAAAGAUGACGAUGAUAUUGUUGUGGAUAUCGGGAAGGGUGACGGAGGAAUGAGGAUGCUAGUUUGUCAUACCGACGAGCAGUUCGAGAUGGCGAGAGAGUGUUCUCUCACGAAAGAAUUCUGGGUUUAGAAACGGUAGUAUUUGUUUAUGAUUAGCU